GGCUCAUAGCGUGAAUGAUCGUCCUCUGUGGAAAAUGGACGGAUACCUCUCCGUUCUUUUCCUUCUGAGUUCGUUUGUUAUUGGAAUAACCGCGGAUAAUCGAAGAUAUAUAGACUUUCGACCCGGAUACGAAUAUGUGUAUAGUUUCAAUGGAUACACCAAUGUUAGGGAACUUGGAAAGUUUCUUGUUGAAGCGAAGGUUGGUUACACCAACAUUGGACAUAGAAAUGAAGGGCAAGAACUCUUGCUGAAAGUACAUCACUUUCUCUUCUCUUCGGCCAAGGAUUCAAACAUCAGAGGCGCCGAUGUGGAUUAUUCAAAAUGGUUCUCUUUUGUAAUCUCUGGGAAUGGUAAAGUAGCCCAAGUAUUUCAUCCAGCGGAUGAGGAUUCCGAUGUGAUAUCCACCAAGAAAGGCUUUGCUGCUUUGUUUGCAUCCAGGCUACAUGGCAAAAAUGAGCUUCCGGGAAUAUCUCAAGGUGACAUCUUUACAUAUAAUGUUACAGAAAAAGGCCAAGAAGGAGAGCACAAUGCCACAUACACUGUAUCGAAGUCAGACACUGGGUUAAAAUUCCAGAAGAUCCGACACAAACACCCGGUCAGCAAUGCAAGGGCUAGCUAUGUGAAGAAUUUGUACUAUCAUGAUUCCCUGGGAACUUUACACAAAGUUGAAAUCAGUGAAGAUUUCAAGUCGCCCAAGUCACCGCCGGGGUUUGACCCAUACAUCGGCAUGAGAACAGUGCCUGCAGUACAUGAAAUCGGCAUAACAGCUACCCCUGAAAUGAGCUACACAAGUCAGGCAGAGCUAACUUUCUUAACCAGAGAAUAUGUAGGUGAAAGGCAGAAGAAACCACUGAAAAGAUUAGUCAUAGAUGAACUGGCAAUACAGCAGAGAGAAGAAAAAGUGUCAAAAUACAAAAACAGUUCAGAAGCUACGGAAGAAAUAAAUGGAAAUGUUACUUGUCUGCUGCACAAAAAAGAAGCUACAGCAUUUGGAAAAUGUUUUCAAAAUAUCGUCAGCAUUUUGAAGCAACUCUCAGCAGACGACCUCGGCAACAUUGCAGACAAACACUUUCUGACAUAUAGCAAACAAAAUGCAGCUCAGAAAGAAGUCUCUGGAUACAUAUUGGAUGCAUUUGGGGUGAUAGGAUCAAAGACCAUACAAAAACUGUUGGCCUUAAAGAUUAUCAAAAGUUCUAAGCUCAGUGAAGAACUCAUCAAGAGAAUGCUUGUUCAUAUAAUAGGAAAUGAAGAAGCUCCAAGUGAGAUGCUAUUGAGGAUAUUAGAGGAGGCAGUGUUUCAGAAAGAGAGAAAUGGAGAUCAAUUAUUUGGGGAAGAGGUACACAGUCGUCUAAAGCUGACCCUGGGAGCAGUCUGUCAGAAGCUAACCAAACAGGGACAGGGAGAGAGAGCAAGGAGAAUCAUAGACAGAUUCCAUGAUCAGCUGGGAAUGCAUGAUCCCUGGGAGUAUCGCAGGAAACGGUCACUGAUGUCGGAUUUACAGCAUACUAUUUAUGACCAAGAGAAAGUUGUUCUGCUGGAGGCACUAGGCAAUGCUGGACUGGACCACUCCUACCACUACAUUGUGUCCCAUAUCAACAGCACCAACUCCCCGUGGGUCAAGAGAGCAGCUUGUCACGCUUUGAGGAAAUAUGAGCAUAAACAGGCAUCAGAAGUAUUGCUCUACUCAGCAUUAUAUGAUGAAGAUCAGAAUGUCCGCUACGAAGCUUCAAUGCUGUACAUGGCCCAUCCUCAUGGCAAGAUGAUUGCUCCUCUGAAUGAAAGGGCUGACGGUGAGAUAGACCCGUAUGAUACAGGAAUAAAUCUUUUGGACUUUUCUGAUGAACACAUCAGGACCAAACGUUCCUCUCCUGACAAAAGAUUCAAAAUACAUGCCACCAAUGUGGAUUGGAGAAAAAUGAUAGGCUCACCAGAUGUGGGAGCUUCUUUUGGGGUUGUCUUGAAAAACACAUUGGAUUUGAAAAUUGCUCCUCUGUCUAGUGAAAUGUUGGUAGAAAUACAUGAUGAAUCAUAUGCCAGAAUUCACCUUGGAAACAUUGGAGUCAACAUGGACUUCUUUGUUGCCAGGAUUUGUUUUAAAGGCGGCUCCACAUAUAACAUCAACAUACUUCAGGCCAAUGAAAUGAGAAAUAUUGAGCAAUUAGCCAAGUCCUACGACAGAGAUGUAGCAGCUAUAGCAAACUCUCUUACCUCUGGAAUUAAUCAAUUCAUUGACGUCAUUGCCGGAAACUACAGUAUGAAAGGCACUAUUGGUCAACUAGUAGAGGCCACAGAUAGUCUGUCCGACAAGGUGUCAAGUUUGAUGAAUGCCACAACAAGUGCCAUGGAGAAGAUCGGACAAUAUGACCCAGAGCAUCUCCCCCCAGGAUUUACUCCAACACUUCAUUUCAUUUACAGAAUCACGAGAAUACUGAAUGAUAUCAAAUCUCACAUCACUGGUUUUAGAAAUGAAGUAGAGGAAACCAUCCAGAUGAUUCUGCCUCAGCAGGCAAAGUUUCUGUAUGAUGCUCUGCUGGAUGUGCUGGGUGGGCUUACCCAAAUACCCAAGGAUCCCAAGACGGCCAUUAUGUCAGUAGGGAAUGGAGUUGUAUCAAUUGGAAAUGCUGUUGAAAAACUGGUGCUUGCAAUCGAGAAUCUUCAAGAAACUUGCUUGUUCCGUAGAGAGGGAAGGCCCUAUUGGUUUGACUUAAGUGCUGUGGUGCUGGAGUUCCAAGAUUUGGCAGGGGUAGCUAAUUCCACACUAAUGGCAGCUGGAUCUGACUGGAUUAAUAACACAGCAGAGGAUGAUCAGAUCCAAACAUUUAGCAAGGCCAUUGUAAACACUCCCUCUAUGAAACAAGAAGCUAUAGAUAGCUUCAUGUCUGUGACCAAAGAAUUGCUUAGCACACUGGAAGGUUUGGAUGGAGUUGGGGAUAGUUUUCUCUACAGAUAUUUCAAGGUCUUCAAAAUGGUGAAGGCAGCAAAGGAAGCCAACAAUAUACUGAACACAGGCUAUGAGACCGCAAGAGCAAAAGUAGAGUCUAUUUUUGGACCCCGCACCCAUCGUGAUUUUCCUGGACAAAUCCGACUGAGUGGACAGGGCUGUGCAGGAAACGGUCUGUAUCCGUCCUCCCUCGGCAAGUCAGGGGUCAAUGAGUACAGUCACACGGGUCUGGAUUUAUCCAUCCUUAAUGGAGAAUAUGUUGUGGCACCAUUUCCUGGCACUGUGUCUUUAGAGUCUGUUGGUGGUAACACUGUGGUCCUGGUUCCUUCAGAGGGCUCCCUAAAGGACAUAGUGAUCUACAUAUCAAACAUUGAACCCAACAGUACCAUAUCAGUGGACGACAGUCGGGCAGUAAUUGGAGGACAGGUGAUUGGAACAGCCAACAGCAGUCAUUGUGAGGACCACAUCCAUUUGUCCUUCAAGAAGGUUGGAGCUUCCUAUGUGGAUCCCACUCGCUUUCUGGAAAAAGCCUAUCCCACCCUACCUACCUGGGUCCAGCAAUGUGAUGACUAUAAACUUGUCUUCAAGACAGACACAGUGGCUGCUGGGGUAAUUGUGGGGAUCAGUGGUCAGUCUGUAAAGGAUGAGGACCCAGUGUUAGUCAAUGUGGCCAAUGUGACAUUUCCAGCAGCACCCUCAACCUCUUACGAUCCAGAUGACACCCAGGCCAUCAAAGGGGACUCUCAGAGUUUUUACUCAGUUGUAAAGAGUCAGAUCGAAGUUGUUGGGAAUGAUGUUGAUUCAGGAAGUGAUACUUGCACAGCAACUACUACAAACAGCAAAUCAGGGAUGUUUUCAACCCUGCUCCUGAAGGCAGACACUUUCCUACAGAAAUACAACUUGAGGAGACUAAAGUUUGGAACCAUAGUUGAAUUCAUGGACAAGUUCAACAUGACCUCAAGUAAAGAGGCCCUUAGAGGGGUUGUGAAAAGUGUGAAGGAUAUCAUCAACAGCAAACCCUGCCUUAGUCCCAAUGAGAUGACAGAGGACCAGUUAUUAAUGGAGCUUGUGCAGCAGGGAAGGAAUACAUCUGGUUCAAGAGAAGACAUGAUUUCUCGUCUAAUGGACCAAUAUCUAGACUGUCCAUUGAUGUCCUUCACAAUGCCCAAGGAUGUGUACUGCACCUUUGACAAGAACUGUUUGGGUGUUGAGUGCUGUGUCAGUCUGGAGUUGUCUUUCUUGACUAAGACCUACAAGAUCUGGAUAAAUAUGGACCCAUGUUCCUCUCCAAUCAGACUCAGCUUGGGCGUGGGGAUGAAUUCUUACCGGUUUGAUCUGUUAUCCUCAGGCUACGAUAGUGUAGGAGGAGACAUCAUUGUAAAUGAUACCUUGGACACCUCCCUUGGAGGAAUUGCAGUGAUGCUGAAGUAUGGAGUAUUUAAGGGAGAGAAUGCUUCAUUGGUGACUUUAGGAGCUGGACUGUGUAGUAAGAGUGACCCAGAUUACUGCCCUAGCUAUGUGACUCUGUUAGACAACGCCAUCUUCAGAAUUCCCAACUGUCUCGGUGAUGGAUCAUUUGUGUGGCCUGAUGUGGACUAUUUGCAAUUGUUAAGAAGAGAAGCAUCCUGGAGGAUGAUCAAGCAGUCUGGUAAAACACUGACCAAGAAGGCCAUCACAGACAUAGACCAGGCCUACCUCCAGGAACUAGGACUCACAAAGAGCAUGAUUUAUGAAACAGGACCAUGUCCUAGACCAGAAAUAUUGACAGAAGGACAAAUCAAAUCAACCCUGGAAGAGAGAAAUUUAUCAUCAAAUGGAACUAGAAGUGAACUUAAUGCCAGACUUACACAGGACAAUUAUGCAUGCUCUAAUGCAACACUCCCAGCCAUACAGAACUCGACCAUUGCCAGCAUUAUUCACUACUCUAUUGACUCCGAUUGCCUGAGGAUAGAAAUGUGUUCGGAUAUUCCUCUUAACAUCAGUGGAAACAUUUACUCCAAAUCUCUCAAAGUCACAUUUGAUGUGGAGCCAUGUAGCUUCCUGCUGAAAGUAGAAUUUGAACAAAGUAUUGUAACAAGGGUUCUUCUUUCUUACAACUGGGGUUCAGAAAAGACAAUUCAAAUUUCCUCAAAUGUGAAGAUCAAGUAUAUACUUGAUCGCAAUGUCACCAGACAAGUGUAUGUCCUUAGCCUAGGACUGGUGGUAUGUCCAAUCUCCUCAGAGUGUGUAAUAGAUGGCUACUUCCUUGAGAAGUUUGAAAUACCAUUGCCGUCUUGUGGAGAAUUUGUUUUACCUGGAGAUGGAACAAUCAAUGGCUUGCUAAGUUCCAUUGGGGGCAAAAUGACAAAGGAGGCUUUCGAACUUGUUUUGAAGAAAUUUAACAUACAGCAUGUAAUAAAGAGUGAGACCUGUACUUUACCAACAGCCCCAACCUGUAGCAACACCAUUGAUGUGGAUAAUAAUCUACCAACUAAAGCAGUCAAGGACAUGGUGACCUGUCAGCUUCCCCAGGGUUGCUAUGGUGUCCAGUGUUGCCUUGACCUGACCUUCACCUUGCCUCUGGGUGACACUGUCACCUCUAAGAACUUCUCCUUCUGGUUCAUUGUGGAUCCCUGUGACUUCUCCAUAGACAUAGGACUGGGGGAUCUCAUACUGCUCAAGUCCACCUUCCUUAAUUACGACUUUGGAACUACCAAAACAAUAGAACUAGGAACUGGAAGUCCAGCUCCAGUUCAAGUUAUAUACUCUAUAGCACAGAAAGAGAACAACCAGGGGUAUAUAGUAGAUGUGAAGCUAAAAAUCUGCCUGAAUCUGGAUGGUCAAGAGUUCUGCAUUCCCAUCAAUGAAUUGCAUUUCAUGAAUCAAGUGGAUAUUCCUGUUUGUCAAACCAGGUCCCUGGUAGAUUUCAGAACUUUUACACUACAAAACUGGGCCCAGAGUGUGAAUGUAAGCUUGGCAGAAAAUCUGGACUCUGGGGCACUGACCAUGUUGUUAGAGAGGCUAAAUCUGACCAAAUUCUUCAGAGGUCAGAAGUGUGAUCGUACCAGGAGCCCUUACAGUCCAUCUCUAAUGGGAUACCACAACAUGUGCCCUCGGACCAUCAACUCCUUGCCUGCCCAGGUUCCGGAGCCCAUGACCUGCUACAUCCCUGACUACUGUACUGGCAUUGACUGUUGUGCUGAGCUCCCAGUUCUUGGACUUGGGCUUCGUUCCUAUGUGUUUCUGGAUCUAGAGAAGUUAGAGAUUCGAUAUGGCAUGGAAAAUGUGGAGAGGACAGUGAAAAUUGCAGAUUACACAUGGGGACAAGAAAAAACCAUUUCUGCAGCAGGAGACCUCAUUAAACUAAGAUUCACCAUAACAACGGUGUCGGACACAGAAUAUGUCUUCAGUGCCCAUGUUUAUGCCUGUUUGGAGGGCUCGGGGCAGUGUGCCAUAGACAUCCCUGUCUACCAGAACACUCGUCUACAGGCCUCCACCACUGGAAUAUCUACUCAAAACUUCUCUCUGACUACAUGGAUGGCAGAGAUGGGAAUAGCUUCCAGAGACCAGGUGUCAAGCAUAGAGAAGGGGUUUUUGAUCCAGCAGCUUGGUAUCGAUGCUUACCGCCUCGCUACACCCUGUGACCCCUCACAGAGCCCCUACACUCCUUCAAUCAAUGGAUGGAACAAUUUGUGUGGCGAGACAUUUGUGGUGCCCACCGCUAUCUCUGAUGCUGUGGUGAAGUGUACUCUGUCUGCUAACUGUAGCAGGGUAGACUGUUGUAUGGAUUAUGCCUAUCUAAACAUGAAGCUCCAUUACUUCCUCCAUCUGGACCAAUGCAACUAUAUCAUCAAAGGAGGGAUCGAGAAGAAAAACUUCACCAAAAACAUCCUUGGUUUCCAGUGGGGAUCAGAGAAUGAAGAAAGCAUCAGCAAUGUGAUUAAAAUGAGAUACAAGAUCGAGCGGUUAAGUCUGUCGGACAAGUACGUGGUGGACAUGUCCGUGGCAGUCUGUCUGGAGCCUCACUCCUGUGAGCUGGACAUCCCUGUUCUAAACCAGGUCAUGAUUCCCAUCAUUGAGUGUAACCUCACCAUGCCAGCCAGAGCAACAGCAUUUUCUUUGACUGACUGGAUGGCAACCAGAGGCCUUACUGGAAGUUUAUCCAAAGCUGUGUCUGAUGAGCUGCUGAACACUCUAGGCAUUGGGCUGUUCAAAAAAGAGAGAUCAUGUGACCGUGCAGAGUCCCCCUAUAGCACCAACAAACUGACCACCGAAGGCUGGUCAUCUGUGUGCCCUUCCACCAUUGAGCUGCUUGAAAUCCGAGACACAGUCAGUUGUUUUGUGAACAAUUCUUGUACGUCCAUUUCCUGCUGUGUGGAGGUCGAGAACCUGGACCAGACUUUUGAAGUCGUCCUGGACCUAGACUUCUGCAAUCAGAGGAUCACCUUUGGAGUGGAAAGACUUCUGCAGAUGGAAUCUUUGAAAGAUUUUGAUUUUGGAGUGAAAAAAGAGAUUAUCAUCAUGGGAAUUUUUAAAUUCUGGUACACUGUGUGGGAUUUGGUUGGUGAGAACGUCUAUGCUGUCACAAUAGACAUUGCUGUCUGUCUAGAGGAGAGCAGAGAAUGUGUAGUGGAAGUCAAUGUUGUGGACAGGGUCAAAUUCCCCAAGACAGACUGUGUGUGGUUCACCAACUUCACACACACAAACUUUUCCCUGACUGGUUUCAUGGCUGAGAACUCUGUGACCACUCAUGCUCAGAUAACAGGACUGGUGCUGGAAAAAUUAAAGGAAACGCUGGCACUCUCCAACCUUAUGAAUGUUGCCCAGUGUUCACCAACUGAUGCCAAGUACACUCCAAACACCAAUGGGAUCAAAAAUGAUUGUUCUCGGUCAGUAAAUCAGCCAGUUGAAGGGACCACACCUUCACUAGUUACCUCCCUUCCCAGCAACACUCUGUGUCAGAUUUCAAGCUCCUGUACAGCCAUAGACUGCUGUGUAGAGGUGACUCCUCUCUCCCACUCGUUCCAUGCAUACCUGGAUAUCAAUCCGUGUGAUUUCAGCAUCAAGUUUGGAAUUGACAAAGUUCAGUUUACAUUUAAUUUGAAAGAUUUCACUUUUGGAAAGGAAAAAGAUUUCAGACUUUCUAAUGUAGUUAGAAUGAGGUUCACGGUGUGGGAUCUUGCUGCAAAGAGCCAGUAUCUGGUAAAUCUGAGCUUGAGUGUGUGUUUUGAGACCAGUGGGGCCUGUCUUACAGAUGUCCAGAUAUUCAGCAGGAGGAGACUACCAAAGGCUGUAUGUGACUACAAUGCUUCGCCUGCCAUUCCAAAUUUUUCUCUGAACCAGUGGAAGCAAUCAAGGGGAAUAACUUCUGCCACAUUGUCUCAGUUUGAUUCAGACUUGUUGAUGGAGUACUUGGGAGUCCUUGGUUAUCUGGGAGCCACCCAGUGUAGCUCCACCUCCCCACAGUCAGCCACAGGCUGGGUCGAUGAAUGUCCCAGGUCCUCCCUAUACAUGAAGCCAGACCUGUCCUCGCACCCGGUCCUCUGUACAGUGUCCUCAAAGUGCACGGAGGUCAGAUGUUGUAUGAAUGUCCAGCCAGUGGCCAGGAAGUUUGAGGCCUUCAUUGACAUAGAUCCUUGUCUCCACACGAUGUCCGUUGGAAUAGAGGACUACAAGACAGACAUCAAUCUUCAGACCUACACAUACGGAACAACAGAGAUCAUUCAAAUGGAAAGUUUAAUCAAACUGAGUUACCUGGUGGAGAGAUUUGAGGGAGCUGGGCGAUUCCUUGUGAACUUUAACCUCAGUGUUUGUCUGGAGGCCGGGGACACCUGUUACCUGGAUGUGGUAAUCCUACAGGAUGCAUACCUACCUACCAUUCCCUGUGACUGGUCCAACCAGCAGACUAGUUUCUCCCUGACUAACUGGUAUGGUAACCUGUCGGUGGCCCCAGGAACCACCCUGUUCCCCAGCCAGCUGUCUGUGCUGAGGGAGUCCCUGGGUGUUACCGAUUACCUGAACUCUGCCCCCGACAGGUGUGACAGAUCCUUGGCACCCUUCACACCUCUGACCCCUGGGCUGACUGGAUGGAGGAUAGACAGUGGUUGUACACUGAGUUUGUUGUUGAUGAGUACCCUUCAGCCGAGUUCUGGGAUCACCUGUUACCUGGCCGCUAAGUGUACAGCUGUACAAUGCUGUCUGGAUGUACAGGACCCCCUACAACAGACGCUGCACUUCUCCAUGGACCUGGAUCUGUGCCUGCAAGUUCUCGAGAUCAGCCUGGAAAAAUUAGUGGAAAAGAAGGCCCUGUUCUCAUACUCCUAUGGAAAAUUGGAUUAUUUCAGACUGUCUGAUUUGGUCCAGAUUGAGUAUAAAGUAGAACUGAUCAGUUCCUCUACUGUGUCUUUCUACCUGAAACUAAAGCUCUGCUUGGAGACAAACUCUUGCUCAAGGGAGAUAACUGUGUUCAACAACAAACAUCUUCCUGUUCCACCCUGCCCAAGAAAUCUCCCCUACAAAAACCCAGCGUUCUCCCUCGCACAAUGGUACACCUCUAACGGACUGACUGCAGGGUCUAACCUGACCACCUUGGAGACCAGGACCCUGAUGGAGACCCUGGGAGUGGGGCACUUCCUACAGGAUGUGGGCUGUCAGAGGUCAGGUUCAGCUUACAGCCCCUCACAGAGUGGAUGGAAAUCAGAGUGUCAGUUUGAGGUGGCUACCAGCCCCAUCACAGAGCCAGUUAGCUGUGUUAUUGGGGACACCUGUACUGCUGUAAGGUGCUGUGCUGAGGCAGGAUUUCUUCAGCAGUCCUUUGAAGUGUACCUGUCUCUGGAUCCCUGUACUCGGACCAUACAGGUCGGAAUAGAGAAAUUCAACUUCAAUGUUAGUCUCAGCACCAUUACCAUGGGGGCUGCAAAUGAGCUUUAUUUGAAUGGGGUUGUGAGAGUCAUAUAUACUAUUGAGGAUUUGCUGGUGGCAAGGAAGUACAAUGUCUCCAUGACACUGAAGCUCUGCUUUGAGGCCUCGGACGAUAACCUUUGUCUGUACUCAGUGGACAUUUUCUCCCACACAACGCUGCCUAAGAGAAUCUGUGACUGGGAGGCAGACUUCUCAGAGCCAGGUUUUCGGAUUGCUAAGUGGUAUUCUGAUAACUUCAUCUCACCCCCGAACUACUACCUGAGUCCAGAGAAGUGGAACAAGCUGCUGGACGACCUGGGAAUCAGGGCCUUUAUCAGCACCAGUCCCUGUUCCUUUGACAUGGAGGCCUACACCCCCACCAACCCUCAACGAUGGAACAGUGCAUGUCCCCAGGAUCUGGCCUCGCCCUUCCUGACCCUCCCCCUACACGCCCGCUGUCACAUCCCCCACUAUUGCUCGGGCUUCAGCUGCUGUGUACACGAUGAACACAUUCUCCACCACCACUUCACGGUGGGGAUCAGGCUGGACGACUGUAACCACCUGGUCACCAUCCAGCUGGAAAAGAUCUUCAUUGAAAUCCCCCUCGUCAACUAUACAUUUGGUGUUUCUGAGAAGAGAUGGAUUAUGAGUGUCCUGAGAUUUGAGUUUACUAUAGAUGACCUACCAUUAGAGAAUAGCUACAAGAUGACAGCUUCAGUCCGCGUUUGCUAUGAACAAGCCUCGUGUGCUGUCAACACCAUCAACUUGUUGUCUGAUUUCAAGGUGCCUAAAACUACAUGUGAAUGGGGAUCUGGUUUCUUGACAGACUUCUCUCUACAGUCAUGGUUGAGCAGUAGGGGACUGGCCCAGGGAGAGGACCUGUCCCCUUCAGAUGCCAGACAGCUGGAGACUACGGCGGGGCUGACCAACUACCUAAAGGACACUGACCAGUGUAACAGGACUCAAGCAGUGUACCAGUCCAGUGACAACAGUGGAUGGAACAAUGAGUGUCCCUUAGCCUCCACCCCUGCUCCUGUGUCCCCUUCCAUCUCCUGUAGAAUCCUGCCCAACUGUACCAGCAUUGAUUGUUGUGUGGAGGUGGGCUUCCUGGCGAACCGAUCCAUCAACAUCCUGGUCUCCAUGGACCCCUGUACCUCUGUGCUGAGUCUGAACAUUGAGAAGCUCCAGCACAAAGUCACUCUGUACAACUAUCAGUUUGGCAAACAAGACAACUUCACUCUGCAGGGAAGCAUCAGAAUUGACUUUGUUAUUGAGAAUUUCCCAUUACUGAGAACAUUUGUCCUGAGCUUGAACUUGACCCUGGGUUUUGAAUCCACCAAUCCUGAUGACUAUGUGUACAAGGAAGUGAUUCUGAAGAAUGCAGUGCUUCCCAAGCAAGAAUGUGAUCAUGCCAUGGAGUACAAAAAUCCUGGCUUCAGUCUUGGAAAUUGGCUGUCCACAAACGGUUAUAUAGAGCCACUGACAUGGGACCAGACAUACUCACUGAUGAGGGAGCUGGGGAUGGACCAGUUUAUAGAACUAAAGUGUGACAGAAAUGGAACUUUCUACCAACCUGAGACUCUUCCUGGCUGGAAAAUUGAACCAGAAUGCUUAGUGGAGCCAGUGGAACUCUGGGAAAAUGACACUAACUGUUACUUAGACAACAACUGCACCAUGGUCAGCUGCUGUUUGGAUGAUGAGGUGACAGGUAAAUCGUACCAGGUGUCUGUGGAGAUCCUGACCUGUGACAAUAAGCUGCUGGUCACCCUGGAGAGGAGGACCCUCACCCUACCUCUACAUCAGUAUGCCAAUGGAGCCACCCACAGCAUCAGGCUAUUUGGAGUUUUCAUUCUGGAAUUCAACAUUGAUGAUCUGAUGUCAUUGAACCAGUAUGCAAUAUAUAUGAAGCUGAAACUCUGCUAUACACAAGGAACUGCUUGUCAGAAAAUUAUUAAAUUUUUAGACAAUACUAGAUUUCCCAAAGUAAACUGCUCUUCAGAUCAGUAUGCAAUAAAUGGCUUUUCACUGUCUGGUUGGCUGAAUGACAGGCAGUUCCCAACUGGCUCAGUGCUGGAGCCCUGGGUUGUAGAACACCUCAAACAGGACCUCAAGCUAUCAGCCCUGCUGCUGAACCCAGCCUGUAUCAAAACCUCUGACCUUGGGGACAACUGGAAUAGUUCAUUGUGUCCUGAGACCUUUUCACUGACCACCCUGCCACCACACACCUCUUGCACACUUAGUCCUUAUUGCUCUGGGGUCACUUGCUGCACAGACAUUGCACUGCUGGGAAUGACCUUGCAGACAGAGGUCAAGUUAGAUCGAUGUCAAGGAAAAUUACAUCUGGCUAUUGAGAACCACAAGACGUCUACUGCACUUCAUCAGCUCCAGUUUUCCUCCUGGCAAAUGUUAACACUUAGAAAUGUGUUUAGAUUAAAGUACAAGAUAGACCAUUUAACAGCAGAAGAUAAAUACAGAUUUAAUCUGAACGUCAGUGUGUGUCUGGAGUCUUCAGCAGCAUGUGACUUAGAUUUCCCAGUAAUGACAGAUGUGGAAAUACCCAUCAUUGACUGUGACUUUGAAAAUGUGUCCUACGCAGUUCAAGAUUUUAAUUUCACUGAUUUCCUGAUCACUCGAGGACUCCCAUCAUCCACUACAGACCUGUCAUCCCAGUUGUCAUUGCAGCUUCUGGAACAUCUGGAAGUUGAGUCAUUCUUCAAUGAGACAGCCUGUGACAGGUCUUCUUUUACUGGUGCCCUGCCCUCAGGAUUCGUGAAAGAUGCUGGCUGCACAGAAAACGUUUCUCCCUAUCUACAGACCCUUUCGGACACAAACUGUCGUAUUGGGCCCUCCUGCCAAGAUUUCCUCUGUUGUUCACUGAUUGCUACCAUUGGCCGGACUCUGAGAUAUGAUCUGAGUGUUGAUGCUUGCUCCCACACCCUGAAGAUCAGCAUUGAAGACUUCCACUAUCAGAGAUCACUGGUCAACUUCCCAUUUGGCAUCACCCAGAUGUUCACAUUAAGCCAAAUCUUUGUAUUAGAAUACAAAGUGACCGACCUGAUGGGGGAGAGGCAGUACCUGAUUGACCUGACCCUCAAGGCUUGCUUUGAUACCAUGGAGCCCUGUCAGCAGACAGUGCUCAUCCUCAGAAACUACUUGGUCACCAAGCCACAGUGUGCCUGGUACACAGGAUUUAUAGAAUCUGGGUUUUCCUACACAAGCUGGCUAAGUUCUCGAGGACUGACUGGAACCUCUGUACUACAGAACAAUGAUGUGGCUAACCUCCUCAGUAGUCUCGGGGUCUCUAAGUACAUAAAGUCCUCCUCCUGUGAUGGAACAGCAGGGGAAUAUGAAAACUCUUACCAAGGCUGGAGAUCUUUGUGUCCUAAUGAAGCUGGAAUCCAGAGGCCAUGGUUUAAUAGCAGUGUAGCUACCUGUAUUUUGUCUGGGACCUGUACAGGGGUAAAGUGUUGUAUAAGUGUACCCAGACUGAGAUUGUCCAUAGAGGCCUACGUAGAGAUCAACCCCUGUAACAAAACCCUGCAGGUCGGGAUAGAGAACCUCAGGUUCAACCACAGUCUGUAUGGCUACAAGUUUGGGGAACACGAACAGUUUGAUCUGUAUGGAUUUGUGGUCAUUGAUUUUGUGAUCACUGACCUGCCGUUUGGAGGGGUAGAUGGCCAGUACCUGGUGAACAUGAACAUGAGCGUUUGCUGGGAGUCUGGCCAGCCCUGUGACACUGUGAUCACUGUGUUCAAGGACUCACUGCUGCCCAAAGAAAACUGUAACAGGAGGAGGGACUUUUUAGACUCAGGGUUCUCACUGGCUGUCUGGAAAUCUGAACACGGUAUCACCACCACUGGACCACUAGACACACACCAGGUGAAGCUCCUGCUACAGGACCUGGGCGUGGCUUCUCACGUGAAAGACCCCUCAGACAGGUGUGACUGGUCGUCCCCCAUGUACUCUGGAGCCAAUGCAGAGGGGUGGAGUGAUGGGUGCAACACAACAACUGAGGGGUUAUCUCCCCUGGGUGCCAAGACUCGCUGCUCGAUCUCGCCUUCCUGUACUGAUGUCCAUUGUUGCCUCCAGUCAGACACCCUACAGGAGAUGUUUGAUGCCUACAUCUAUCUGGACAGCUGUAACAGUAAAGUGACAGUAGGGAUAGAGAAGUUCCAGUGGAAUGACACACUGGUGGACUACCAGUUCGGAACUUCUAUGCAUGUUUCUCUAUUUGGACUUGUCAAUCUGGACUAUAUCAUCACGGACUUGGUGAGUGAGAAUGUGUAUGGAGUUCGAUUCAAUCUGAGCAUUUGUCUAAACGCCAGUGGACCGUGUGAAGUCCAUGUGGAAGUGUUUGAUGAGCACAGACUCAAUAAGCCCAGCUGUAACUGGACCAGGGGCUUUGCCAUUGAAGAUUUCUCCUUGGAGUCCUGGCUGUUGUCUAAGGGGUACUCAGACUCCAUUGAUCUGCCCAACUAUGUUGUGUCUGAGCUUCUUCAUGACCUUGACAUUGCUCCAUUCCUGAAUGAUAUCAGUUGCAAUGGGCGAUCAGUUCCUUUCUAUCCAAAUACUGAUGGAUGGAACAAAGCAUGUGAUGAGUAUGUGGCCCUGAGCCCAAUUGCAGGCUCCAACACAACCUGCCAUCUGUUUGACUUCUGUACGGGAGUGAGGUGUUGUUCGGAGGUUGGCAUGAUCAGACGGUCCCUGCACACAUUCCUCAUCAUCGACCACUGUAACUACAAGCUGGCGGUGGGAAUCGAGAAACUGGUGGUCAACACCAGCCUCCAUUCCUAUGUGUAUGGCACCACCCGCACCGUAAUGCUGAACGGAGUCAUCAGGCUGCAAUACUCAAUAAAUGACUUCCCCAAUGAGAACAAGUUCCAAGUUAAUGUGAGUCUGAAGAUCUGCUUUGAGAGCAGUAAGCCGUGUCUUCUGGAGAUUCCCGUCUUCUCCAACACCAAGCUCCCAAAGAAGGUGUGUGACUGGACUACAGACUUCCUGGAUCCAGCGUUCUCAUUUACUGCAUGGAAAAUGGAGAGAAAGAUAACAGGAACUGGUUUGUCAGAGAACUUCCUUGCUGAGCUGAUGGAUGACCUUGGAUUGUCCUCAUUCCUCCUGAGCAAGGACAACAAAUGUAGCAGUGCUAAAUCUCCAUUCACCCCAGCAGUGAAUGGUUGGAACUAUGGAUGUCCCUUGCCUUUGAAGUCUGCCCUGCCCUCCCUGUCCGCUCAGCCCAUCACCUGUCAUGUGGACUCCUCCUGUGGUGGUCUCCAUUGCUGUAUCAAUGUGGCUUCACUCAGCACCACCUUCACCACAAAACUGGAAGUGGACCCCUGUAACUACAAGAUGACCGUGGGUAUUGAGAAGCUUGUCUUCUCCAAGGAUCUGUUUGAUUAUGAGUGGGGACAGCAAGAGGAAAUCUGGAUGUUUGGGGUUGUCAGAAUGAGGUUCACACUGUAUGACCUAUACAUAGAGGGGUAUUUCCUGAUUGACCUGGUGGUAGAGGUGUGUCUUGAGGCCAGUGAUGUGGACAACUGUGAUAUAUCCAUCAUAGUGCUGAAGAACUACUACCUCCCAAAACAGAACUGUAGUGGAGAUCCUGGCUUUGCUACACCAGGCUUCAACAUCUCGAGCUGGCUGGUUACCCAGGGAGUGCCAUACACCGAGCCACUGGACAGUCACAUAGUGGACAACCUGAUGUCUGAUCUGUCCAUGGCACAGUACCUGCUGGAGCCGUCUUGUUCCUGGACCAGUGCCCAGUACAGUGAUGCAGCUGCCAUGUGGACCAAUUACUGCCCGCCCAGUGUACAGGCCUCCCUGUCCAGUGUGUCUGACCGGGCCCUGUGUAUUGUGUCCCCCUCCUGUACCAACAUCACCUGCUGUGUACAAGUCCCUCUACUGAACAGAACGUUUGAGGUUCAACUGGCUCUGGACAGCUCUUAUAAUGAACUGAGGACACAAGUGGACAAGAUAUCCAGGAGACAGUCUCUGAUUGGCUACAGCUUUGGGACACAGGAGGUUCUCAGUAUUCAAGGGGUCUAUAAGCUUCUAUACAAAGUGAAUGACUUGGUGGAUGGUAACCUGUUUGAUGUCACCAUGACAGCGGAGGCUUGUUUUGUGGACGGAGCAUCAUGUGAUUACAGUGUCCCCAUUCUGACCAAUUCACUCAUCCCCAAAGUAGAGAGAAUGUGGAACAGAACAUAUACUUUCAUAGAUUUCUCACUGUCUCAGUGGUUGAGGGAGAAGUCGUUAGCAGCAGGCUCUGUUCUCCAGCCCUAUCAUGUCAGUGAGCUGUUUGAGAAACUCUCUGUCAUUGCCUACAAGAGAACACCAUCCUGUACCAGAAGUGGAUCUGGGUAUGCCACCCCUGACUCCCAGGGCUGGGUUAAUGAUUGUGCAGCAGUACCUGAUAUGUUGACCUUAGCCUCCUACCCUUUGACCUGUUACCUUGACAACACCUGUAACAAGGUCUCCUGUUGUGUGGAUUCUGUCUUCACAAACUCCACGUUUGAAGUGGUCUUUGACUUGAACCAAUGCACAAGGAUGCUUACUCUGGAGAUUGAAAAUCUGAAAGUGCUGAUUCCAUACUCAGAAAUACAGUGGGAGAGGCCAUCACAGUUCUACCUGAAUAGUGUGGUCAGACUAGACUACAUUGUGUAUGACUUGUAUGCAGAGAACUUCUAUUUAGUGGAUUUAAAAUUAUCUGUGUGUUGGGAGACCUAUGAACCUUGUGAAUUCAUUGCACAGCUGUUUAAAAACAAAAUGUUACCAAAACAACAUUGUCCUGGAAACAUGACUUUUGAACAUUCAGGUUUCUCACUGAAUAAUUAUGCCUCCAGUAACGGCCUUGACCCAAAUAACAUCCAGGGCAACGACCUGGCUUACCUGUAUGAUUACCUGGGGAUUUCUAGUUACCUGAACACCCCCACCUGUAACAGGAGUGAGGACAAGUACACACCCAGCACCAAUGGAUGGACAAGCAAGUGCCCUGUAGACAUAUCCUCCAUCUUGCCAACUUUACCUUCAAAUAUGAACUGUCAUGUGACCUCUUCAUGCACUAAAAUAGAGUGCUGUUUUGAUGUUGCCAAGUUUGACUCAAGACCUGUGACCUUUUACAUUUUCUUGGAUAACUGUGACUGGAUGAUCAGUUAUGGAAUAGACAACUUUGUUGCAAAACCAGUUGUGUUGCUUGACUUCACUUUUGAUGAAUGGCAUGAAUUUUGGAUGAAAGGAGUUUUCAGGAUAAGGUUCAUGGUCACAGAUUUACCUGGAGCAUUUGAUUUCCGGGUGACCCUGACUUUCAGCAUUUGUCUGGAAGAGGGUUCAGCUUGUGAACAAGAAGUGGACCUUUUGAGCAAUGCUCUGUUACCACAACAGUCAUGUGACUUUAACAUUGGAACUCCAAUAACAAAUUUCACCUUCACGGACUGGAAGCAACAGAAAGGCUACACCCAAAUGGAGGAGUUCAGUAUCGCCAAGCUUGAAGAGGAGCUGGGACUGUAUGGCUAUCUACACAAUGCUACAUCCAUGUGUAACAGAACAGCUGGAAUGUUUGCUGGCUCUACAGAUGGGUGGAAAAAUGACUGCCCAAUUGCGAUCUUUGGAACCCUGCCGUACAUUGAUGGUCCGAUCGCCUGUAACCUGGGCUCUACCUGUACAUCUCUCACCUGUUGUGUCCACACAGAGCCACUAUCUAGACACCUAAACCUGGAGCUGAGUCUGAACCACUGUCUUGACAAACUGACCAUCAUGGUGGACAAGUACUCACACCUGAUAAAGAUCAGCCAGUAUCAACACUGGGGUACCACUCAAGUUUUGGAUAUCAGCAAUGUUGUUAAACUAAGCUUUAAGCUUGAGAACCAUGAGAGUGAGAACACGUACCUGAUCAGUUCCUCCAUCACUUCUUGCUGGGAGGGCGCCUCCAGCUGCCAGAGUUACCCCCUCUUUGACAACGUCAGGCUACCCAAGUACACAGGACUUCCUGAGUGUGACUGGAAGGAAGAUUUCAUUGAGUCAGGGUUUUCAACAAGCAGUUGGCUGUCCACCAAUGGCUAUACUGACAGUACACCUUUGGCGGCAGUCACAAGACAAGAUCUGUUGAAGUAUCUGCAGGUGGCAUACUACAAGGAGCCAGAUUGUGAUGGAACAGGUGCUCCCUACACUCCAGCUAAUGCAGACAGAUGGAAUACAACAUGCUCCAGUAGCACAGAUCUGAGUCCACUCCCCAGUACCAUGUCCUGUCACCUGCCCGACACCUGUACAGGGCUGGACUGUUGUGUAUCCAGCUCCAAGCUUGGAAGGACAUUCCAGGCAACACUGGACAUUGACCCCUGCACAUACAGGAUCAUUGCAGGCAUUGAUAGCUGGAAGUUCACAGAGACUCACAGAAAUCUAUCCACUGGUUUGGCAAAGAGUAUAUGGUUAUUGGGUGUUGUAAGAAUGGAUUUUGAUGUGGAGACCUUGUGGAGUGACCGGAAGUACAUUGCCAACCUGAAGAUAAGCAUUUGUCUGGAGAGUGGAGGGCCGUGUGAGAUCAGCAACCAGACGGUGUUCAGUAACAGUCUACUGGCCUUCAGACAGUGUAGCUGGGCUCAGGAGCUGCCCACUGGAUUUUCUCUGAGCUCUUGGAAGUCCAGUCACAACUUCUCUGCUAGUGACCCCCUGCCAGAAUAUGCCAUUGCUAAGGUGAUGGAUCUGUUGGACCUAUGGCGGUACCGUAAAUCAACCACUUGUCAGAGGCCCCAGCCUCCCUACUCCCCAACCUACAUAGGAUUUGUCCAGGAGCCCCCCUGUAAUGUGGCGGGCCUGCCUUACAACCUGCAGAAGAAGACGUACUGUGUGGUUCAGUCCAGCUGUACAGCCAUCUCCUGCUGCUCAGACGACCCUGACAUGGAGAUGACCUUCACCUGGUACAUUGACAUUGACGUCUGUAGCCACGUCCUCAAGAUUGGCAUAGAGGAGUACACUGCCCAGUUCUCACUGCUCAACUUUCCAUUCAGAAAACCUCAGAGUUUUGUUCUUUCUGGGGUAUACAGAAUCAAUUACAUCAUCUAUGACCUGACUGGGGUGGAAGAAUACAUGAUGAGUGCCAAUGUCUCUGUGUGCUAUGAACCGGACAGUUGUGUCUUCACAGACAUUGUCCUGGUAGACGUCCGGUUCCCCAAACCUAACUGUAACUACAAGUCCUCAGAUUACAACAUGCCAGGAUUUUCAUUGACGUCAUGGUCUCUUGACCAAUCUCUAUCUGGAGGAACUCUGCCCACCUAUGCUGCCAGAAAGUUGAUGAAAGAUCUAGGAAUAGCCAUGUACAUGAAUGAAACCUCCUGUAGCUCUGGAAUGGGAGCAUAUACAGGUCUUGUUGAUGGAUGGAACAAAGAGUGUGAUACAUCAGUAACAACUGACCCCCUGCCCUCUGGCAUUGUGUGCCACAUUCCGUCAUCCUGCACCACCAUACAGUGCUGUGUGGAUGCCACCACUCCACUAGGGCGGUCCUUCACCACUGUCCUAGAUCUAGAUCCCUGCACUCACCAACUCACACUGGGAAUCGAGAAUUUUGAACACAAAGUUUCUCUCUUAGAUUUUAAGUUUGAUGAAAUAUAUCACUUUUACCUGGAAAAUGUUGUCAGAAUGAUGUACUCGGUCUAUGACUUGGACAGUGAUGGAAUGUACAUAGUGGACUUGAACAUCAGUCUGUGCUUUGAGUCAGCGAGCCCCUGUGCCCUGGAUGUUGAAGUCUUUAAACAAACUGUUCUUACGAAGAGAGAAUGUCCAAAAUAUACAGGGUUCCUACAAUCAGACUUUUCUCUGACUGUGUGGAAGCAGGAGAAUGAAGUGAAUGGCACCACCUUGACCACUGCAGAGAUUGUGGUUCUCCAGGAAGACCUGGGCUUGUCUCGGUAUUUCCUGGACUCUGCAUGCUCUAGAUCGACCGCACUGUACAACCCUCAUAUUGACUACUGGAGAAAUGAUUGUGGAUCUUCAGCCACAGGACUGAGUCAGUUUGUUGUCUCGGACAACAUCAACUGUCAGCUGUCCUCUAACUGUACGACCUUGACCUGCUGCAUGGAGGACACAGUGACAAGGUCACACAUACAGGUCCAAGCCUCCAUGGAUCCAUGUCAAUUCAAUCUGAGGCUGAAAAUAGAAAAGAUGACCAGGGACAUUUCUCUGUUGAAUUACACUUGGGGAGAGCUUGAAAAAGUAGACCUGUAUGGAGUGUAUGUGAUAAGCUUUACCCUGGACAACCUGUAUAACUCCAGACAGUACCUGCUGAGUCUGAACAUCAGUCAGUGCUACGAAGCUGACUGUGCAGUCAACCACAUGGUCCUCACCAACUCGCUGCUGUCCAAGCCAAUCUGUGAUUGGUCCAUGGACUAUCUCAUCACAAAUUUUUCCCUGGCCCAGUGGAGGAUGGAGAAGUCCCUCCAAGCAGUUGGAGACAUUCCCAAUAACUACCUGCUGCGUCUGAUGGAUGAGACAGGAAUCGCGGGCUACCUCAAGGAACCAAGCUGUAACAUGUCUGAUGGAGUGUACGCUGGAGCUGUGAAUGACUGGACCAAUGAUUGUUCAAAGAAUGUGAGCUUGUUGACCUUGACCUCUGACCUGAGCUGUAACCUUCUGGCCUCCUGUACGGGAGCCCAGUGCUGUGCCACGUCUCUCACACUACAGAGAACCUUUGAGGUAUACAUCAACAUUGACUCGUGCACCACCAGUCUCAGCAUACAGAUAGAGCAGCUCUUCUAUAAUCACACUCUGGUCGACUUCCAGUGGGGUGUGGAACAACAUUUAUGGCUGUUUGGAAUAUACAGAGUAGACUACACCUUAGAUGACCUUCUGAAGGAGAGCUCCUAUCUAAUUACCCUGACUAUCCAGUCCUGUUUUGAGAGUUCAGACCCACAGUGUGACUCCUCUGAGUCCUACACAGUGUUCAACAGAUCAAUCCUCCCCAAAACAGACUGUGUCUGGAAGGCCAACUUCAAGCAUACAGGGUUUUCCCUGUCUACCUGGCUGUCCUCCAAUGGACUGAGUGACCAAUCACAACUGCCGCAACACAAGCACCUGAUCUACCAGCUGUUGGACGAACUGUCUGUGGCCCAGUACCUACAGACCCCACCCUGUGACCCGUCAAAGGGAGUAUACACUGGGGCUGUGGAAGGGUGGACUUCAUUGUGCAGCAGGACUGUGAACACUGGCAAUGUAUCGGGCAGUGUGUGUCACCUGACUUCAGAGUGUACUUUCUCCGAGUGCUGUACGGAGGUCAGCUUCCUCCAGCGGUCCUUCCACACCUUCUUACACAUCGACCCCUGUAACUUUGUGAUGGUGGUGGGCAUCGAAACCUACAGCAGGAACAUCUCACUGGCUGGCUAUCACUGGGGUAUGCAGGAGCAUUUCUGGCUUGCAGGAAUUAUCAGAAUAGACUUCACUGUGGAUGACAUGUAUGGAGAGAGGCUGUACCUGGUCAACAUGAACUUGAGUUUCUGUUUUGAGUCUUCUGUGGCAUGUUUCAAAACCAUUGACGUGUUCAGUGACACACUCCUCCCUAAAACCUCAUGCAGCUGGAAUUCACAACAAGGUUUCUCCCUGAGUAACUGGAGAUCCAGUAAUGGUGUCCCAGCAGGUGCUUCAAUGACUGGGUGGCCAGAGUUACUGUUGUUUGAGGAGCUAGACAUUGCCCAGUAUGUGUACAGCACACAGUGUGUUAGGGGAACAGGACUGUACACAAGCUCCAGUGUCUCAGGGGUCAACAUUGGCUUCAACACAGACGCUGCUUCAUACUCACAGAUAUGUCAGCUUUCAGUGGACUUUGCCGGUCACCAUAUGAGCACCACCACGGCUGACAAGGUGACUUGUUACCUGCCCUCCCUGUGUACCGCCAUGGACUGCUGUGUGGAGGUGGAGCCCCUCUCUCGCUCCUUUAACGUCUACCUCCACAUUGACCCCUGUAACUACCUGCUGAGGGUGGGCAUAGACAACUUCUACUUCAACCAGUCCCUCGACAGAUACACAUUUGGAGAAGAAGAAGUAUUUUCAAUGGCAGGAAUCUUGCAAAUGAGGUACACAAUUAACAACUUGGUUGAUGAGAGAAUGUACCUGGUGGAUCUGAAGCUAAGUGUUUGUACAGAGAGUGGCUGUGAAGCUAACUACACCAUCCUCAAAGACAUGCUCCUUCCAAAACAACCUUGUUCCUGGAACUCGGGAUACAUUGACACAAGUUUCAAUGCGUCUGACUGGAUGGCCAUCAAUGGGUACAGCAGUCCUCUGUCAGACUCGCAGACAGCAGAACUCAUAAAGACGAUUGGUGGGGGUUCUUACAUGGUGAAAGACCAAUGUAGCCCUACUUCAGGAAGGUUCAAAAACUCAAAAGAUGGAUGGGUCAAAGGCUGCUUCUCUCCUGUGUCACUGACCAAUCUGACAGACAGCUCAGUGGUGUGUUACCUGGACCCCACCUGUACAGGUGUGGACUGUUGUAUCCAGGUCAACCGGAUCAGCAGGAAUCUCAAUGUCAAGGUUACACUGGAUCCAUGUUCCCAACUGCUGACAGUGUCACUGGAGAGAUUUGACAUCAAACUGGAUUUGAUCACCUAUACCAAAGGCACAGUGAGAGAAUACUCUUUGAUGGGGUUCUUGAAAGUUAGUCUGAGAUUAGAUGACCUGAGGUCACAGAACAACUUCCUGCUGGAUUUGGAUGUCAGCAUCUGUUUUGAUAUCUACUCCUGCGAUGUCAACGUCUCAGUUCUGAGUAACACCAAGUUACCAAAGAGGUCAUGUGACUGGUCAGCUGGUCUCCAAGGCAUGUCAUUGGCUAAAUGGUUGACUGAUCUGAAUGUGGACAACACAACUAACCCACUACCUGACCAUCUGCAGAGUCUGCUGCUAGAGGAUCAUGGGAUAGCAAACAUGAUGAAAGAGGUGCAGUGCAGUAGAACAACUGAUGCUAAAUACACUUCCACAAACACUACUGUUGAUGGCUGGAAUGUCAAUUGUCCAUCCCUGCCGACCCUGCCCUUUCUGACAGGUGACAUCACCUGUUACCUGGAGGAUACCUGUACUAGCGUCAGGUGUUGUGUGGAGGUGGCCCGAUUCAACAAGCGAUCACUGGAGGUAGCACUGGACUUCAACCAGUGUGGGAACUAUCUAGACAUCACUGUGGAAAAGAUCACCACCUCAUACCUUCUGACUGACUUCAAGUAUGGUGUGCUGCAAAAGACUUCAUUGAAAGGAAUGUUUGAGAUGCAAUACAACAUCACAGAGGAUAACAUUAACAAGAAGUAUCUCUUUGACCUGAAAUUUGCCGUGUGUUACGAGGCAGACUCUUGUGAUGAGACAUUCACCAUAUUUAGUAGCACUGAAUUUAACAUGGAAACAUGCAGCUUUAAAUAUGACUUUUUGGAUCCUGGCUUUUCCCUGACUUCAUGGAGGACGAGUAGAUCCAUAGCCAGUGUGAACGACAUCACAGAGGCCCAGGCUGAUGAAUUGUUCAUGGAGCUGGGUCUGGAUCACUUCAUGACGGCCGCCGACCAGUGUUCCUCCUCUGACAGAAUCUACAAUGGGACGGUGAAUGGAUGGACCAGAGCCUGUGUGAGCAGUGUGCCUGUGCUGCCUACCAUCACAGACAGUGUGUGUCACCUCAAGGCUGACUGCACCUCUGUGGAGUGCUGUACAGAGCUCGCAUUCCUAGAGAGGUCCUUUAGAACCUCAGUCACUUUAGACCCCUGUAACUUUCUCCUCACUGUCAGUAUAGAGCGCAUGAAAAGGGAGAUCCCCCUCACAGGAUACAGCUGGGGAAAACAAGAGCACCACUGGUUAAAUGGAGUCGCAAGACUUGACUACUCUGUGAAGGACAUGUAUGGAGAAAGAAAGUAUCUUGUGAAUAUGAACAUGAGUUUCUGCUUCGAGUCCUCAGGAGCCUGUCUUUUAAGCUUCAAAAUACUGGAGGACACACUGCUACCAAAGGUCCUCUGUUCCUGGGAUAGCACACCAGAUUUCUCUCUGAAUGCAUGGAAGACUGGCAAAGGUUUAAUCCCAGCAGACCCCCUCCCAUCUUGGGCACAGUCGGAGUUGUUCGAAGAGCUAGGGAUGGCUCAGUACCUGACCCCCUCUGCCUGUGCCAGGGGAUCAGGACUGUAUGUGGACUCCAAGAGUGGAGCCAACAACAUUGGAUUCAAUACCAACUCCACUGCCUACUCCCAGGUAUGCCAGCUGUCAGUUGACUUUGCCAGUCACCACAUGAGCACCACCACGGCUGACAAGGUGACCUGUUACCUGCCAUCCCUGUGUACCGCCGUGGACUGCUGUGUGGAGGUGGAGCCCCUUUCUCGGUCCUUUAACGUCUACCUCCACAUUGACCCCUGUAACUACCUGCUGAGGGUGGGCAUAGACAACUUCUACUUCAACCAGUCACUCGACAGAUACACAUUUGGUACAACAGACAAUUUCUUCAUGACUGGUUUAUUGCGUAUAAGCUAUAGCCUAGAGGACCUGACAGAUGACCGUGCCUACCUGGUGUCUCUGAAUGUCAGCGUGUGCACAGAAAGCACCUGUGAUGCCACCUAUGUCAUUCUGAACAAAAUGGUGCUCCCCAAACAGCCCUGUAGCUGGUCCGAGGGAUUCGCUGUCCCUGGCUUUUCCUUCUCCAGCUGGAAGACAAAUAAUGGCUACACGUCCCCUCUAACUGAGUCGGAGACGGCUGAACUGAUGCUGUACAUGAAGAUGGGGCGGUAUCUGGUGGAGCCCUCUUGUGAUGCCACCACAGGGAUAUACUCGGGCUCUACAGAUGGGUGGAACAACACUUGCACUGCUGCAGAGGGAGUGCCCACCCUGACCACCCACCCCCUGGCCUGUCACCUGGACAGCUCAUGUAUGGCUGUAGACUGCUGUAUCCGGGUCAGUGACAUCACCAGGAACCUCCAUGUCAAACUGACCCUUGACCCCUGUGCCUUCACCAUGACCCUACAGAUGGAGAGGUACCAAGUUGAAGUGGACCUUCUCACCUACAACUUUGGCACUGCUGUCACAUAUCAGCUAAUGGGGAUGAUCAGAAUGAUUUUGACACUUGACAACUUGGAAUCUCAGAAUGAGUAUCUAGUCAGCCUUGACCUUCAAGUCUGCCUUGAAAGUGGGUCAGCUUGCACCAUAUCUGUGUCAGUGCUGAAGGACACCAAGCUUCAGAAGACAACAUGCGAUUGGACAGCAGGACUAGGAGGAUUUUCUCUGGCAACAUGGUUAAGUGAACAAGGGGUGAGUGGCAGCCCUAAUCCAUUACCUGACUACCUGCAAAGCCUGGUUCUAGAGGAUCAUGGGAUAGCUAACAUGUUGAAAGACACUCCCUGCAGCAGGUCUACAGAUCUAAGAUACAAUGAUGUCAGUGGCUGGAGUACACAGUGCUUAAACAGGACAGACUUGGUGAGUCUACCGGCAGGCAUCAGCUGUCACAACCCGAGCUCCUGCACGGCCGUGUCCUGCUGUCUGGAGAUUGAGCGGUUUGGGGGACGUCUGAUGGAGGUGUCCCUGGAUUACAGUCCCUGUGGGAACUACCUGGACAUCACUAUAGACAGGAUACCCAUCAAACAGUACCUCACAGGAUUCCAGUAUGGCACAGAACACACGGCUUCCUUGAAGGGAAUGUUCAAGCUCAAGUACAACAUCACAAGAAAUGAAGGGCAGAAGAAAAUAAUAAUAGACUUUGAAAUGCAGGCAUGUUAUGAGAUGGGAUCUUGUGAACAAACCUAUGUUAUGUUACAACAGACUGAGUUUGACAUAAAGACCUGUACACAUAAUGAAGGAUUCUUAAAUUCAUCUUUCUCACUGACCAACUGGCUGGCUGCCCGGUCCAUCCCUAAUGUGGCCUCCAUCACAGAGGCUCAGGCAGACAGUCUGUAUCUGGAGUUGGGACUGGACCACUUCAUGCACUCCACAGACCAGUGUACUCUCUCAGAUUCUACAUAUGGAUCUGCCUCUGGAGGAUGGAAAAAUGAUUGCCCAUCGAUUCCUAUCAGUUCCCUGGGAAGUAUUACUGACCCAAACAAAGUGCGGUGUCACCUGAGGUCUGGCUGUGACUACAUGUCGUGCUGUGUGUAUGUGACGGAGGUCAUGAGACAUGUCAGGGUGGACCUGGGGUUGGAUGUAUGUAACCACACCCUCAGUGGAGCCAUUGAUAACUUGGCCGUCUCCACAGAUCUCAUGGAUUACAAUUGGGAUACAGACAAAAUAUUUAGCCUUCAUGGUGUGAUCAAUUGGAAAACCCGCUUGGUGGACGUCCCUUCCCAGCAUGCUCACAUAGCGGUGUUCACAAUAAGUACCUGUUUUGAGAGCAGCACGUGUUAUGAAGAGAAGAUCCUUGAUAACACCAUUUUCUUGAAGGAGUCCUGUGACUUGACAACUGGACUCAAGAGUGGAUUUUCUGCUUCUGCAUGGAUGACAAGUAGGGGAUACACAUCCCCCCUGAAUCCCUCACAGACAGCAGAACUGAUGACAGAACUGGACAGCCAGCAGUACUUGCUGGACACACCCUGUGAUUCCACAGCUGGGAUAUAUGCCUCCCCAACCAGUGGAUGGACCAAUGGAUGUACUUCCUCUGUGACUUUACCUGAUAUCAGCUCCGUACCAAGUGUUUGUCACCUGGACGACAGCUGUACAGGUGUGAACUGCUGCCUCUCCCCCUUACUCCUUAGCCACUCACUCAAUGUCAGGGUCAGUCUGGAUCCCUGUGCUUUCCUGAUGACUGUCUACCUGGAAAAACUCCAGAUCAGUGUGGAUCUGUACAACUACACACAAGGCACAAGUUUGAGAUAUUUCUUGAAUGGCAUGCUUGGCAUAGAAAUAAGUUAUCAUGAGCUUCGAGCAGAGAGAAAGUACAUUGUGAACUUGGAACUCAGUGUGUGCUUUGAAAGUGCUUCAGCAUGUGCAGUGAUUGCCUCGGUCUUACACGACACAGCCUUACCCCAGAGAGACUGUGAAAGAUCUGCUGAAAUGAGUUUCUCAGUGAACAAUUACAUCAGUUCAAAAGGAUUCUCCUCGACCCUUUAUCCUUUACCGGAACACCUUCAAUUGAGAGUGAUGGAAGAACACGGGACAGCUAAUAUGAUGAAGCAGCCUGCCUGUAACCGACUUACUGAUGCAAUCUAUGCCUCCACCACGCCUGUCAAUGGCUGGAGAUCAGACUGCGUCCCAGCGCCAACACUAACAGACUUGAGCGGGGAGGCUAUCACAUGUUACAACCCGGCCAGCUGUACAGCCACCACUUGUUGUAUGGAGAUCGACCGCCUGGGUGGGCGCAGCCUGGAGGUGGACCUGGACUUCAAUCAGUGUGCCAACUACAUGGAUAUAUCAGUGGAGAGGGUACCAGUCAGAAUGUACAUCACAGACAUCGCUCUCAAUGGUACAGUUUAUGUAGUCGGGUUGAAGGGAAUGUUAAUAGCAAGGAUAUCUAUAACUACAGACAAGGAAAACAACGAGUACCAAUUUACACAUAGUGUAUCAGCGUGUUAUGUUCCUGGGACUUGUGACCAGACUUACAACAUCUUCCAGGAUACAAAAUUCAGCAUCAAAACCUGUGACUACACUGGGGGAUUUCUAGAUUCAACUUUCUCUCUGACCAACUGGCUGGCUGCCCGGUCCAUCCCUGAUGUGGCGUCCAUCACGGAGGCUCAGGCAGACAGUCUGUAUCUGGAGUUGGGACUGGACCACUUCAUGCACUCCACAGACCAGUGUACUCUCUCAGAUUCAGUAUAUGGAUCUGCCACCGGGGGAUGGAAUAAUGAAUGUCCAAACAUUCCAACAUCAUCACUAGGAAGUAUUGCAAAACCUGCUGAGAUCCGCUGUCAUGUGUCUUCAUCAUGUGAUCAACUCUCUUGCUGCGUAUAUCUUGCUCCAAUCAAACGUCAUAUUGAGGUUCAGACUAGAUUAAACUUCUGUGGAUAUAAAUUGGAUGCAAACAUAGACAAACUGAAGGAUACCACUGAUCUACUGGAUUAUGUAUGGGGAACAUCAAAACAGUUUAAUUUGAAUGGAGUAGUAAAAUGGAAGAUGAAUCUAGAGAACUUGGAGUCACAGAACAAGUACACAGGAAACCUGGAAAUUCAAGCCUGCUUUGAAGCUGGCACUUGCAUUAUAAACGAGAACGUCUUGUUAAACACCAAGAUUCCAAGAGCUGUUUGUGACUGGACCCUAGGACUUCAAGGAUUUAGUUUAUCUGCCUGGUUAACCAAUAGAGGUGAGGGUGCAGGUCUCAACCCACUCAGGACCUUCCUGCAGUCUGAGCUCCUGAAGGAUCAUGGGAUAGAAAACAUGAUGAAGAGUCCCUCUUGCAGCAGGACAACAGGCACUGACUAUGUAUCAGUCGGGUCAGAUGGCUGGAAUCUUGCCUGUCCAAGUCCCCCUACAUUGAGGAAUAUGUCUGGAGAUGCCAUGUCGUGUUUCAUGCCCUCCUCCUGUUCAGCAGUCAGGUGUUGUCUGGAUGUGUCCAGACUCUCCGGACAGUCAGUCGAGGUGUCCCUGGAUUUCAGUCAGUGUGGAAACUACCUGGACAUCACUGUGGAAAAGAUCACAGUCAAGCACUACCUGAAUAGCUUCACAUUUGGUGUUGAGCAUAAAAUGUCUUUAAGAGGAAUGUUUGAAGUAAAGUACAAGGUCACACAAGCUGGUGGUGUUUAUAAAGUGGACAUGUCCGCCGUUGUGUGUUAUGAAGAUGGUGGUGCCUGUGCGGAGGACUUCGCUAUAUUUAGUGACACAGAAUUCCCAAUCAAAACCUGCACCUAUACCGAUGGACUAUUAAACCCAGCUUUCUCUCUGACAAACUGGCUGGCUGCCCGGUCCAUCCCUGAUGUGGACUCCAUCACAGAGGCUCAGGCAGACAGUCUGUAUCUGGAGUUGGGACUGGACCACUUCAUGCACUCCACAGACCAGUGUACUCUCUCAGAUUCCACAUAUGGAUCUGCCACCGGGGGAUGGAAUGAUGGCUGUGCAGGUGUAUCAAGUCUGACUAUUCCAUCUCAUGAUGACAAAGUUAGAUGUUACAUCCCACCCUCCUGUGAGAUUGUGCGAUGCUGUGUGUACAUAGAGCCGGUGAAACGACAUGUGGAGCUGCAACUCAAUGUGACUACUUGCACAUACAAAAUAGAGACAGCGGCCGGAAAUGGAGUAGUCAAAGCAGAAAUGGACCUGUUCAACUAUGCUUGGGGAACAAAUGAAGAAAUUCAACUGCAUGGUGUAGUGAAAUGGGGAAAUAAGGUGACACAUGUUCAAAGUGCAUCGAAGUUUACAAUUGAGGGCACUGUUUCUCUGUGCUAUGAGGCUGGCGCCUGUACAGACGUCACCAUGAACUAUGAACUGGGCUACCAGUCCUGUGCAGCAUUGGUUGUGUCAGCUAAAUAUUUGCCAGGAGUGCCAUUUGGACUUUGGAAGCAGACUCAGUGUUCAGCAUUUACACCCGGUACAAGAACUUGCCCUGACAUCACUCCAGGCUCCAAAUGUGAUGCUUUGUCAGACUGUAGUGGAGUUGAGUGCUGCUUUGACACCAAUUUUGAGCUUGGUGCCAGAAAUGUUUACGUCAAAAUCCGUAUCAACUGUGACGCAAAUAAUUUGGAGUAUGAAAUAGAAACAGAGAAAUACAAUAAAGACUUAGCAACACUAACAGAUGGCAGUACAAACACAGAGACUAUUGGAACCGCACCCACAUUCAGUUUAAGUUACUCCAAGACAGCUGACAAUGGCACUCAUCAAAUGACUGCCUCAUUCACCAUAAGAACUGGCACUUCCCCCGUGACCUCGGUGAUGCAUGAUUUGAUAGAUAGUACUAGCAUCAUUGCCACACCUGCAUGCACUGCAAGAAAGAGGAGGCGCCGAUCUCUCAGCGUCACUCAACUUGACCCAACAGACUUCAAGGCUGGGGUGAGGACCCUGCUACAGAGUGGGGCCAGCAAUGAGGACAUUGAGGACUUCAGGAUCCUCUGUCAGGACCAUGCAAAAUCUAAGAGGUUGACAAACAUGGUCAGUACCUUUUUGUCCAAUGAUGAUGCAAAGACCGGCAUGAAGACCCAGAUAGUGUCGCUCGGCGUGAACAAUCCCUUUGCCCUACCAGUCCUGAAUAAUUCCACUGACAAUAGAACUGUCAUGGGAGCGGAAUCUAUUGAGAACUUAAUGGGUCGAGGGCCAUCUCUAUCAGGGGAGAAAGAUGGUGGCAUAUACAUGGUGGGUGAAGGCCUCAAUGCCAAAGGAACAAAACUCUUGAGUCAGAAGUUAGCCUGUUUGACCAUUGGAGAUCUUGAGGCUCUGCUUAACUUCAAGAACAUGAACUCUUCCCAAGUGUCCCAGCUCCUGUCUCAACUGAAAGACUUGGCCAAGGCUCUGUAUUCUGACUUCAACAGCCGACUUAACCUCAGUAGCAGCACUGAGAGUAUUUUUAAGAAGUUUGAUUUGGAACUGUCUGGAAGUGGAGAAUUCCCCACACAAACAGUCAAUGUCUUCUCCUACAAUAAGAUGUUCUUUGUGGGAGGCCUCAUCAAAAUGAACUUUGGAUUCAGUGCUGUUGGAAGCUUGAGUUCCAAGUUCUCUGCCAAUGUGAAGGUUAUGGACAUGACAGGGAAUGCUAAGGUGGAUCCUUAUGGGAGUGUAAUGGUAUCUGGACAGCUCUCUGUUGGAAAUUUCUUUCACGGGUCUCUCAAACUAGAAGGAAGCAUGAUCGAUGUGCAUUUCCCAUCAACUGCUGAAUUAAGCUUCAACAAAUUUCCUCUGGAAGUGGGUGUUCAAAUGUAUUUGAACCUGAAACCAGUGAAGCUAGCACUGGAAGCCAAGGUGGCAUUGAAUGUGGACCUGGGCUUUGUGCAGUUCCAGCGUGAGCUGUUUAGGUCCACCCUGUGGGAUUACAAGUCCCCGACCAUCCAGAGACUGCUGAUAGACCUGAAGAAGCAGGAACAGGACCAGACGCCACCAGAAAUCAGGAGCUUUGGGAAUUCGACCAGUGAAGGUCGGUGUGGAGUGAUACAGGAGGCGGGCAGGGAUUACAAGGAGCCAAUGUUCCGUGUGUUCCUGGACGCUGGAGACGACCUCAGUGACAUCAACAUGACACUUGAUAUAGGGACUGUUCCAGGAGGAAAAGACGUCAUUGCUGGAAAGGAGCUCGGAGGAUUCUCCACCAUGCUGAAUGAUGUUUUGAGUCCUUCAGGGGUACCUCUCUACUUUACUGUGUAUGUCACCAAUCAGGCAGGAGAAACUGCAACAGCCAUUUGUUCCCUAUCGACCUACGAUGUCACACUCCCAGGAGGAAGGAUGGGAGUGGCCUUCAGGUCCACCAGUAACCCCAGGGUGUUGAAGGCCACAGUGACGGUGUAUGAAGACUCGCCCAUCACCGAGAGCAGGGUGGCUGUGGGGUACGGGAAGGGUAUAGAUGGGAGUCAGAUCGUAGGCUGGACCACAGUCAAUCUACAGGAAAAUGUAGUGGAUUACAAUGUUGGCAAUGAUCCCACCCAUGAAAAAGUGAUGAAGCUGUUUUCUGCUGGUAAGAUAGCUCGCCUGGUGGGGACUGGUAUUGUAAGCGCCUCCCACUCAAAGAUAGCCACAGUGGGGGAGUGUGCCACUUUGUGUAACGGCAUGCAUGUUACCAAGUGUCUCAGCUUCAACUAUGACUUUGGCAGCAGUGGACAUUGUGAAUUGUUGGAGGUCAUCGAAGGACAAGACUACAAAACAUCAGUUGACGGCCUAUACAUGCACUAUGAGAAGCUGGGAGUCGGGUCUAACAGAGGAUUUGAGUACACCAACCUGAACCUUCUCCACAAUCAACUGUACUUCUUCAACUUCCAAGUGGUCAAUUCCCUGGGCUUUACCAACAUUUUGUCUUCUGACCCAAUUUUGACUGAUUUCACUCCACCCACACCAACCUUCUGGCAAAUCAGAGUGAGCAGUGACACAACAGAGAUCCUGCCCUGUUCUACUGUAAUCCCUGCAGACCGAGACGACUGGCAGAGGUUGUAUUGUGUGGGGGUGGAUCCAAACACUCGCAACCACCGAGUCAUUGUGGAUGGUCCAGGCUCAGAAACUGUGUACAAUGGACACGAGUUCAAAACUGACCUCCUCUAUACCAGAGCCAAUCAGUAUAUAUCAGCAAACUGGGAUGGCAUCCAUGACAAUGAGACGGGAUUGCUUGGUUUCUCUGUGGGAGUGGGGCUGACCCAUUGUGAUGACACGGUCUACAAGUUCCACGACCCCCACGGCCACCUCCUGGACUCCUCCCAGUGGACCUACAGUGUCAUCAUGACCCCCAUACCAGCUCCCUACUCAGUACUGCCAGAUGGGAAGUACUACAUCACAGUGAGGGCCAUUAACAGGGUGGAGUAUGGAGGACCCCUGGCGACCUCAGUGUGUCACUCUACAGCCUACGCCAUAGACAACUCCCCUCCCAUCGUGUACGAGAUCUUCAACGUCCAGUACAAUGAGGAGACUUACAAUCUAACACUGUCCCACAACUCAUCGGAUCCACACUCUGGGUUAAGCAGAAAUGACCUCUGUCUGGGCCACACCCCUCGAGACUGUGAUGAGCUGGCCUGGACCCAGAUAGACUACUCACCAAACAUAUCCUUUAUACACCAAAUGACUGACGGAAAGGAAAUCUUUGUCAAAAUUAAAGCGGUCAACAAUGUGGAUUUAAGAAGCAUUGGUGUGGCCAAUGCCUCCAUCAUUGUAGACAGAUCAGCACCAGUCCCAGGAAAUGUGUACGACGGGGAAACAGCUGGACAGGACCUCAUGUAUACCAAGGACCAGGACAAGAUUUGUGCAAACUGGGAAGGAUUCAGUGACGAAGAGUCAGGCAUUGCGCUCUACAUUGUGAAUGUAUGGACUUCAGACAGUGGAGUUACUACAAAAGUUGUGAAUGAUACUCAGUUUUCUAGAACCACAAGUUCGGCUUGUUUUGACCUAGCAGCAGGAAAUCUUCUCCAACAUGGAAAAAUGUAUUACGUAACAGUCCAAGCCUUUAACAGCGCUAACAAACAGUUAAAUGUGUCGGCCACAUCAGAUGGAGUGCUUGUGGAUACCACCAACCCAGUGUCCGGGACGGUGGUGGAUGGUAAGGAUGCCGCCUUCACAGACGUACAGUACACCACCAGCCGUGCAAAGGUGGAGGUUCAGUGGAAGGACUUCAGUGACCCGGAGUCUUUCAUCCGGAACUAUCAAGUCCAGGUCCACAGAGCCAGGAAUCUUGGAACCAGCUAUGAGUUGCUGAGAGAUUGGUCCACAUUUAGUAACACAUCCUCCAGUGUCACCUGGCUGAACUUUGACCUUGAACACAAGGACCGGGUCAAGACAGAGCUGAAGGUCACCAACGGAGCCCUGAACUCUGUGACACAACAAACAGAUGGGUUUGUGGUGGAUCUGAGUCCCCCAGACCUGGAGCAUUUGUGGGAUGGAUUAGGGAGUUCAGACAUCAUGUACCAGGAUGUGACGGAUCGCCUUCAUGUUACCUUUUCUUUCAAAGACGAUGAGUCAGGAAUAAAACAGUACCAGAUUCAAAUUUAUGAGCUGUACCAUGGCACGAGAAUGAAAAAAUACCCAUUGACCCACACAUGGAACACCAUUGUAUCUGGGUCACUGACCAGCUACACAUGGACAGGACUGAGCCUGAGACAGGGGGCACUGUAUACUGUCAGGGUGGCAGCAGUCAACAAUGCUGGCUACAUGUCCUCCUUUGAGACCAAUGGAGUCAUCAUUGACACCACAUCACCUUUGGUUCAUUGGUUGAGAGUGGGUGUGAUGGCUGAGAUAGCUGAGGAGUUGACCAGUGGUCAUGUGCACCAGACUGACAGAGAGGGGAUCAUGGUCGCCUGGGAUGUAGAGGACCACCAGUCUGGGAUUGUCAAACACAAGCUGGCUGUGGGAACAACACCAGGAGGAACUGAUGUACUGAACUGGAAAUGGGUUGGCCUUGUACAUAGCUAUUACAUCGAUGGUCUGAGUCUCUCUGUGACUGACCCGGCCACUACCCAGCCUGUGUAUUAUGUAUCCCUACAAACAGAGAACGGUGCGGGGAGGACUGUAACAUCCAAUUUCAACCCAAUCUACAUCACCCAGGGUGAUAAAGCAGGCAUGGUGUAUGAUGGAGCUGAGGGCAGUGAGGACAUGGUGUCAGGGACCCUGCGCCCAGACGGUGUGUUUGAGAUUGACCACCAGCUGGAUGCCAGCACAGUCACUGUCCAGUUCACAGGGUUCGAGAGCAGUCUGCACGGCAUCAUGAAGUUUGAGAUGGCUGUAGGAACAGAGCCAGAGAAACAAGACGUCCUGCCAUUUACUGAGGACAAUGUUGUCCACAUGGAAGAGACCAAUGUGGAAGGAAAUGGUUUGACCAGCUCAGGAUAUGCACAAGUCAAUCUAGAACUAAAGGCCAAUCAGACGUACUACACUACAAUCAGGGCGUUGACUAAUGGUGGUAAUGUUCUACAGACCAAUUCUGAUGGCUUCACUGUGGACCAGACUCCUCCUGUUAUACAAGUGGACAGACUGGCAGAUGACUGGUUGUCUGAUGGCCCUGCCAAUGACACGGUGUAUGAGAUAUCAGAGAAGUAUGUGUCGGCGGAAUGGCACUACAAUGACACAGAGUCGGACAUUGUGAAGGCGUGGUGUGCCGUGGGAACAUAUCCCUAUGCUGAGGACAUCUCACCAAAGAAAGAACUCAACAUCUCAUCAAUGAACAGCAAUGGAGUGAAUGUGGCCUCAGUGCCAGCCAUGAAGUCAGGAAAACCUAGCAUCAUAAGCAUCUGGGCAGAGAACAGUGUGGGCUUGAUAAGCAAGAAGAUUACCAGUGCUGUGGUGGUGGAUGACACUACCCCUCAGUCGGGCUCCGUCACAUGCCCAGAGUAUAUCCAGCCGGGCCAGUCUAUAGAUUGUAGCUGGACAGGGUUUUCAGACACAGAAUCUCCUAUCACAGAAUACCAUAUAGCAAUGGGGUCAGCGCAGGGGGAUAACAGCUUGUUGUCAGGGGUGACUGUUGCCGGGGAUACAUGGAAAUAUACCAUCACUGGUGUGACUGGCCAGCUGUCCCAUGGGUCAGUGUACUUUGUGACAGUGACGGCAGUGAACUCUGUGGGUCUAGAGGUCAGUGCCUUCUCCCUCCCCAUCAUCUUGGACACCACUCCGCCCGUCACAGGGAAGGUGGUGGACCUACACAGCGUGUACAGACUGGACUUCUCUGAUAACACGGCCACCGUCACCCAGAACAGUGUCCAGUGCUCCACAGAUCAAGAAUGUGAUGCUUUAGACGCCAUUUGUACAGAGUCCCUUACAUCCCUGUCAGUGACUUGGAUGCCAUUCUCUGAUCCAGAAUCUGGAAUUGCAGAGUAUCAGAUAGCAGUGGGAACCUCGCCAGGAGGGGGACAGAUUCAGUCAUUCAUCCCAAUCCCUCUCUCCAGUAAACACUACACUGUGGGCGGCCUGAAUCUAAACGGACAGAGACAGUUGUUUGUGUCUGUAAAAGCUGUAAACAAGGCCGGAUUGUCCAGUGUAUCCUCCUCCAAUGGUGUGUACAUGUCAUACCUCAGUCAGGGCAGGUCACCCCUGUCUCAUGUGGGAAUCAUGGACCUUGUAGAGGGAGGCAACCAGGAUGUAGACAUCCAGACAGAUCCAGCGACCAUCAUGGCUGGCUGGGACACCUCAGGGGAUCCUUGCCCAGCCACAAAGUACGAGUGGGCCAUAGAAAGACUGGACGGAAAAGUCAUCUCUUCAUUCCUUGACAUGGGCUUGAAGACCUCCGGGCUGAUUGAUGGUCUGGUGUUGGUGAACAGCGAGACCUACAUCAACCUGUUGAGAGUGACCAACUCCAUCGGUUACCAGUACACCAAGAGGUCAUCGGGGGUCACCAUUCAGGGGACGCCACUCUUGCCAGGGAAGGUGUACGAUGGUAGCAUAGCAGGUUUCGAUCUAAACAUUCUACCCUCUCCGAGGACUGUCUCGGCCAACUGGAAUGGAUUCGGUCUUCCAGCAGAUGCCAUUGUGCAGAUUGAUGUCAACAGUGGAAACCCUGGAGUUCAGACCGAUCAGUCCAAGUUAGAGUCUCAGGACAGAAGUCAGCAGAUAGCUUACUAUGAAGUGGCUCUGGGGACAGACAGAAGAUUCAACAAGACCCGCUACGAUGUAGUGCCCUACACAGAGGUCGGCACCAACACGACCAUCACGUUCUACGACCUGAGUCUCACCCCGGGCACUGCUACCUAUUACUUCACUGUGAUCGCGUACAGUAAAUCGUUCUCCAAGACCAUGGUCACUUCUAAUGGAUUCACAGUGGGAGAUGGAGGAGGGAUCACAGUGGGAAUCAUUUCUAGUCCUGGCAGUUGUGUACACACUAACGACUCCCUUGAAGUCCAGUACAAUGGCUUCUCCUCGUCUUUGGGAAUCUUCAUGUAUUACGUGGCAAUUUCCAACACCACGGAGGCCAAUAACACAGAGUGUAAAGAAUAUAUCGAUGGAGGCUCCCUAUCAGAGAGUGAGAGAAAGGCCUUGUUUCCUGCCAUGGAUGUCGCUAACCAGGGUCAGAACACCUACGCCAAAGUAAUGGGACUAGACCUAAUCCAUGGACAGACUUACUACAUCUGGGUCAUUGCCACAGACAACUCUGGACAAUGUGCUAGCACCUACUCAGCCUUUAUUGUUGAUGUCACCAAACCUGAGAUGGGCAAGAUGAAAACUGGGCCGUUUUAUGACAUGUCUGUGACCUACUCCACCAUUGACACCAGUAUAAGUGUCAACUGGAUGAACUUCAGCGAUCCGGAGUCUGGGAUAUCCACCUUUGAGAUUUCCCUGUGGAGGAACUCCUCCUGCAACAAGAACAGAGCCACAGCCACCAGCGUCACAGACUGGAUAACUCUGUCUAACACCUACACAGCAUACGACAUUGUGGAUAUCAAACUGCAGGAGAACAUUCCCUAUUACGUAAGGAUGAGGGUGAAAAACUGUGCAGGUCUGUUUGUUGAGCUGCAGUCUCCCCCGGUCCUCAUUGACAGGACAACCCCUCAUAGCGGUGUGGUCAAAGAUGGUCCAGACUUCCUGAGUGAUGUAUUAUGGGUGAAUGACAACACCAAAGUCACAGGAUCUUUUCUGCAUCUUGCAAAACCAACUGGACUGUCGUGUCCAAAUCAGAACAUUUUAAUCAAAAGCGAUCCAAACUGGAAGAAGCUCACAAAGCUUGGAAUGCUGGAUCCAGAGGCGGAGAACUGGAAGAUACAAUACUUGCCCAUCUACAUCAUGGACUUCCCCGUGGAAGACAAAGUGAAACUGAAACUAGCCCUGACACGGGACACUGUGAAUAAUGACAUUUUGGGGGCAGGGGCUCUGUACAGGCAAGCAGAGAUGUACAAUGGAGGAACAUACAAACUGGAGCUUCGGGCGGCUGACCAUGAUGGAGAGGUGGUGACAGAAGUCUUAUUCUGGGAUGGCACUGAUGAGGGAUUGGCCACCAUGAAACAUCAGACGGAGGAAGUCAUGACACAAGCCUGCUACUGCUGUUUCACAAAUCCAAUUCCCACAACUUGUGAUAAUGGAAAAUGUGACUGUCAACUGUACCUGAAAGAGAAAGGUUACUAUGGUAACGAGACGUUUCCUGUAGUGACUUCCACAGCGGCCCCUGUAGUUGUGUCCACUACAGCUUCCCCAUUUGAUGUGGUUGAUGAUACGGGGACCAGUGUCCUGGGUCAAAUCGAUCCCAGCACAAUGCAAAACUCCUGUGGGGUCCAACUUUAUGCAGCCAAUCCAUCCCAGAAUGCCAGUGGAUACAUUGUGUCCUGGUGUAGAUACUUUAAUAACACAAGAGAAAAAUUUAGACUCAAAACUGAAGUAAACUUUGACCCAAGUGCAGUGUACAAAUCUUACAUCAUCAAAUUUGAUGUGAAGAGUGAGGAAGCCACCCUGCUGCAGUGGUGCAUGUCUGUGUAUGUGGGAGAAGACUUCAUCAACCAGCUCUGUGACGUUCCCCACCUCUCCACCGAUACCCUACUCUUUGUUCACUUGUUCAAGAAAGACAACAUUCUCCCCAAGGCUGUGGAUGCCUUCACACCAUGGGCCGCUUAUGCUGAGUUCUCUCACCUGGAGAUGCCGCCACCUGUGGGCACUUUGUGCAGGUCAGGACAGCAGUUUAGAGGCUACUCUAACCCAAUCAUCAUGUAUGAAGCUGGAAUCGGGACUUCUAGAUUAGCUACAGAUGUAGUGGGAUUCAAAGAGAUUGAUUUCCCCUGUAUUCCCUGUAUCAAUGACUGCUCCCUCUUCAGCUGUAACUCGUCCUGUAGCACUGACAACACCAUCCUGAAGGUGUUCUCACUAGACAACCUCAAUCUGACCUCAAAGAGGAACAGCUCCAGUGCCGACGAACUCGCCACAUACUAUCUCACAGUGAGAGCCACCAGUGGGUCUGGGGCCUUUGCAGUGUCGUCCUCAGAUGGUUUCUACGUGGACACCUCUCCGCCCGAGUUUGACCAGCAGAUCAUGAGUCUGGACAUAUACUACGAUGUGGAUCAAGGGGAGAGUACUCCAGUGCGCUACCAGCAGUCCAACAGUACAAUCAAAGCCAUCUGGAAAUGUGAUGACGAGGAGAGUGAUAUUGUGGAAUACUUGUGGGCCAUCGGUACAUCAGUAGGGGAGACAGACAUCCAGAACUACACAUCUACUGGUCACAAUGUGGCGGGCAUCAACAGAAGUCUGGAGGGGGUCCUCCAGCACAACCACACCUACUACGUCUCUAUAAUCUGUUACAAUGGGGCAGGGCAGUCCGCGGCGCACAAUGAUACCAAAGGGGUGACAGUAUUGCUGGAUCCUCCUCAGGCAGACGACGUCAAUGUCACCAUGUUGUUUGUCACUAACUUCUCCAUGGUUGUGUAUCCCCCACAAUCCUACAAACAAGAUGGUGGAGAAAAGGCUGGGAUCACAUUCUCCAAAUCCAAUGACUUGGCUGUCAACAGAUAUGAUCUGUGCAUCGGGUCUACACCUUUCAUAGAUGACAUCUUUCCCUGUACAUGGGUGGGUCUCAAUGAGUCUGGCAAGGCCGAAAUAAAAAAUGGGGACUUGUGGAUAAACGGACAGCAGGUGCGAGCUCUCUCUGACCUCAGGGUUGGAGGACAAGCUGGUUCCUCCAGUGGGAAUUCCACUGGAAAGUUAUUCAAUAUGCCAGUCGGAAAAGUGAUGUUCAUGAACAUGAGGCUGUGCAGUGAAGCCAUGUUGUGUAAGAAUAUAACAGCUGGAUGUAUUGUGAUCACCAACAGCAGAUCUCUGACUGAAAUGUCUCUCAAUGGACAAGCCAUUUCUCAGGAUAUUUCUGUCACUUCUAAGAGGAAAAAGAGAGCUUUAGGGGACACCAAUAUUCGAACACCUAGUGGCUUGCCCCAUGGUACCACCAUUGUGGUGACGCCCCUGACAGAUGCUGAAAUCACUGCCACCUACGGCUCUGAUGCCUCCAACAACUUUGUGUCUUACAUAGAAGAUCCCACCAAUACCAAAGACAAAGUCCAGAGACUUCUAGUCAACAGGGUGAACUUUGAUAACUAUACAGCCUUCUCCUUGGCUGUGGUUGGAAAUGUCCCUAUGCCUGGUCCUAUAGUGAUUACCUACCGUGAUGAAGUCGGAGGCAACACAACUGGGAACAGACCAAUGCUUAUACACUGGAAUCCAGUUAUGCAGUACUGGGAGUUGAGCAGCAAGACGUGCAGACAUCUUGGCCCAGAUGAGCAGGAGGUGUAUAACUCUGCCACACAAUUCAUGUCAGUCAAGGUGUGUGAUACCUAUUACAAUGCCACUGCCAAUGAUACGGAUCACACCAAGUCCAAUGGGACGUUUGAACGGGAGACCAUGUUCAUACUGCCCCUGGGAGAGGCGGCCAUUUAUAACUCCCCACCCAGACUGAACAGCACCGACAACAUCACUAUUGAGGAGGACUCAGGAAUGCUUGUGUAUCAGCUUAUUGCAACUGAUGAUGAAGGAGAUGUCAUACAAUUUGAACUAAAUGAAGAGGAAUUUGAAUUAGGGGAUUUAAAUAUGACGGUUGAUGGCCAUGUGACAUUCAAACCCUGCAGUGACUGUUCAGGCUUGCAAAUGGUCAACUUUACUAUGUAUGAGGUGCAGACGUUCCCUGAUAUAGUUCCCAAAAACAGCACAGCUACCCUGUACAUCACCAUCCAGGAAGUCAACGACCCGCCUACCAUGUUUGUGUCCAGAUUUGGAAAGCUGAUUCAACACGCAGACCCAACAGAACCAAUUGUGGUUUUGCUGGAGGCCAAGAACGAUUUUAACCAGGACCGCUGGAGUUCUACCUGGAAGGCUGCAAUAGGAGCGUACGACCCAGAAAUCACGGACAUGAUCGAGAUCCAUCUCAGUCAGCCCCCAAAUGGAAUGCUCACGAUCUCUAACAGCGAUAGAAGUGUACCAAAUCUUUUACAGCACUGUGAUGAUGCCAAGAGUUCUACGGCUGAUAUGAUGCCUUGUGAGAAUUUCCAUGUGACUUUGCCACGGAAUGAGACUCUCCUGUCCUGGCUGACCUUUAGUGUAACCUUUACCCAGCCAAAGAAUGUGUUUGGAAACUUCACUGCAAGGAUGUAUUUCAAGGAUUCGUCAAACGGAACAUCAUUGCCCAUUUCAUUGCAGUUUGCCAUCAUGGAGUCGCCCUGUCACAACAGAGCACAGUGCAUUGUGAAUGGAAGCUACCCAUGCCAAGACACACAUCGCACCCACAGUUUUGACUCCUACUACAAGUGUCUGUGUGCGGGGGGCUGGACCGGUCAGUACUGUGACGUGGACAUCGACGAGUGUCUGAGUGACCCCUGUCUCAGCCCAUACGUCUGCUUCAACAAUGAGAACUUCUUUGAGUGUGCCUGUCCCGUCGACAACCCCCACUGCGAGUUUGAGCUCUACCUAAUCGCCAUCAUCGUCCUGGCCGGGGUUCUCCUGAUCAUCCUGAUCGGUACCGGGAUUUACCGAUACAAACGGAAGAAGAGUCCUCUUGAUAGGGAAACGGAUAGCAUAUAUGGAUCUGAAUCUUCUUAUACUGGAUCCGCCUCAAGUAUCAGUGAUGACGAUGAAGAAAGUCUACUCGAUGAAAAACCUUGGAAGUUCGAUGGUGCCAACUCAGAUGAUUUUAAUAUGGACAUUUUCUAUCGGAAUCCCAAUUUCAACAGGGAUUUCACAGGAGAAUUUGGCAAUAUUCCUAUGAAAAAGGAGGCAGUGGACGAGAUGUACAGGGGCUAUCAUAACCCCGCCUUGGACAUAGAGCCUCACUAUGACCCGGAAGAUGACAUGGUUUACCACGAGAGACACUUCAAAUCCACAUUUGAACCAUUGGUACCAACGAAAUACGACGGAGACUCGAUUCCCAAAAACAUUCCUCCCAUCAUGACUACUGGAAAGCGGGGCAAGGUGCUGCCAGCCCUAGUGUCCGACAAGACCUCGCCCUACUAUGUACCACCUGCCUACAAACUGAUGGAGAAACAGGGUAAAAAGAAGAAGAAAAGAAGUAAGAGGAAGGUGGGCAACUGGGACCAUCCUCUGGAGGAGGCGUACCAUGCAGGGAUACGGACCCCACCCACCCAGGUACAGAUGGACACAACUAAGAUGGUUGUAGCUAAACAUCCGACAAAACAAAUGGAGCAUGAGAUGGGAUAUGCAAAAAUCCACCCAACUGCUACAGAGAAAACAUCUUCUGGCAUAAGCUUUGACCUCGGCAUGUUUGAAAAGCCAACUCAGCCUCCUCCUCCUCACCAUGCCAGAAAGCCUAGGCCUGGUGAUGCGAAGCUCUACAAGGUCCAUCCCAUGCCAGAGAGCAGAGGGGGCAAUGGCUUUGAUCUGAACUUGACAAGUACCCCCACUCAGGACCUGACCAACCCAGGGGAUUCCAAUCACCGUCAACAGUUCAGGUUCAAGCACGAUGAGUCAGAGAGUGAAUUCUGAUUCAAACAUGAGCACAAGUUUUAGACUGUUGUUUUCUUUUAUUAUAUGUACAUACAAUUUUGUAAACAGAUUUUUCUUUGCCAGUGUUGUUUUUUGUUGUUUUGAUGAAGUUUUAUAAAACAAGUUCUGUGAUACUAUUUUUAUCUGCAUUUGUGCCAAAACUGAUAUUGUGAUAUGUUUAUAUUGUGUAUUAAUUUUUUUUAAAAAUUAAAACUUUUGUACUGUGUUG